GGCAGCGCUGGCGGCGGCGGCUGAGGACGAGGAGGCGGCGGCGGCGGCGGUGGUGGUGGGCGACGCGAGGCGAGCGGCCCGCGACAUGGCGGCCGUGUACUGCGUGUGCCGCCUGCCCUACGACGUGACCCGCUUCAUGAUCGAGUGCGACGUGUGCAAGGACUGGUUCCACGGCAGCUGUGUGGGGGUGGAGGAGCACCAGGCAGUCGACAUCGACCUCUACCACUGCCCUAACUGCGCCAAGACCCAUGGGAGCUCGCUCAUGAAAAAGCGCAAGAAUUGGCACCGCCAUGACUACACUGAGGGCGGCGCCACCGGGAAGCCUGUGCAGACCGGCACGCCCGUCUUCGUUAAAAAGCUCCAGGGCCGCUCGUUUCCCAGCGCUGAGGAGGUUGUGCGGAGGAUGCCGGGGAGCCAGCUGACGGCGGACUACAUCAUCGAGAACGGAUUCACAUCGCCCAUCAUUGUGAGCAAGAAGGAUGGACUUGGCAUGACUGUGCCACCCCCUUCGUUCACGGUGUCCGACGUGGAACGCUAUGUUGGCUCGGACCGGAUGAUCGACGUGAUCGACGUGAACCGGCAAGCGGAUUUCAAGGUGACCAUGAAGGAGUUCUGCGAGUAUUACAACAGCACGUCGCGGCAGAAGGUGCUCAACAUCAUCAGCCUGGAGUUCUCCGACACCAGGCUGUCGGAUCUGGUGAAAGCGCCCGAACUUGUACACAAGCUCUCAUGGGUGGAGAACUACUGGCCCGAGGACGCGGUAUUCCCUCGGCCGUACGUGCAGAAGUACUGCCUCAUGGGCGUGCGCGACAGCUACACGGACUUCCACAUCGACUUUGGCGGCACCUCUGUGUGGUACCAUCUGCUCAAGGGCGAGAAGAUAUUCUACCUGAUCAAGCCGUCUAGUGCCAACCUGGCCCGCUACGAGCGCUGGAGCUCAUCGCCCAACCAGAGCGAGGUGUUCUUCGGUGACCUGGUGGACAAGUGCUACAAGUGCGUCCUCAAGCAGGGCCAGACGCUCUUUCUCCCCACCGGCUGGAUCCACGCGGUGCUCACGCCCUACGACUGCAUUGCCUUUGGGGGAAACUUCCUGCACAGCCUUAACGUGGAGAUGCAAAUCAGGGCAUAUGACAUCGAGACGAGGCUAAAGACACCAGAGGUGUUCAAGUUCCCGAACUUCGAGUCGAUGUGCUGGUAUGCCGGCAAGAGCCUCCUGGAGAUGCUGAAAGAGAUGCGUGAAGACGGCGACUGCCCGCGGACCCACGUCAUGCAGGGGGCUCGCUCCCUGCUCCACGCCUUCCGCGCGUGGACUCAGAAGGAGGUGAGUCUCGCGGCACCCGCCCUGUUCGGCUCCCAGCGAUGGGGCUACCUCGGAGUUUUGUCCCGGUCCUUGGCUCAUGACAGCUCCUCUCGAGCCGAAUGGCAUUGGGCUGAGACUAAACCUCGCUCUCUACUCCAUUUCCUUCACUUUCCCCACCCUUAUUUAUCCGUGCCAAAGUUAGGGAGCGGUGCACGAGUGACAUUACCCGUUGUUGGCGUGCGCCGGCAGAACGUGGAGCAGCACGAGCGCGAGAUCCCGGACAACCUGCGGCCGGGACAGCUCAUCAAGGAGCUCGGCAAAGAGCUGCAGCUGGGGGAGGUAAAGGUGACCCGGAAGCCAUGCCGCCAGUUAACAGGCACGGGCGAAGGGCGGAGGGCAGUGCUGAGCAGGACCGCCGCCGGGAAUCGGCGCGAGAGGGAGCGUGAGCGCUGCGGUGCCGGCGGCCGGAGGAAGGCGAAAAAGAAGACGACGAAGGAGAAGGUGAAGGUGAUUCCCAACCUCGACAUCCUGGAGCUGCACACCAAGGAGACGCUCAGGAAGAUGGUCAUACCCAAGAAGGAGAAGGACGACGUGCCGAGCUCGCUGCUCCGCGUCGUGUGGAGUCGUCCCGGCGAGCUGGCCAUGAUUGAGCCAGAACUCCGCACGCCGGAAGCUCGUCUCUCCUUCGUGCUAGCCAACGGCAAUGCGAACAGUGGCUGCGAAGGGCGUUUGCCAUGUAAGCGCAAGUGCGUCCCGGACAAGGCGCCCACGCGCAUGUCGGCACCGGGCUCCACUCCGCCGGCGGGUGGCCCCGGCGGCAGUGCAGGCGGCAGGGACGCGUACGCGUACGACUCGGACGAGGGCGCCACCGCGCGAGCCGGCGUUGGCGCGUCGCCGGCGCACAGAGCCAAGAGGAGCGACGCGGAGCCCGCCGAGUGCGCUGCUCUGGGGGCGGCCGUGAAGACGGAAGGAAGUGACGGACCUCGCGCGCCCAGCCCCGCUUGCUCGCCACGCCACCCCACCUCCUCCGGCGCACCCUCCCGGGAUCCUGACGGCAGCCGGGACGAGCGUGUCAAAGGGCGCCUGUGCGUGGUCGUCGUCAAGAAGGAGAGGGAGGCAUCGCCCGACACCAAGGAGACGGCGGCCGCGCCGGCGCUGGCCAAGCCACGGGGCGAAGUGAAGGCGCGCGUGCAGGAGUGCCCGCAGGGCUCCUUCCGCAUCAAGAUCGAGGCGGCGGAGAAGUCGAAGGGCAAGGAGUGCUCGCGGCCGAUCUUCUCCAUCAAGAAGGAGGGCUGCGGGCGGCGUAGCGGCAGCGGGGACCAGCGUGGCCGGGAGCUGCCCCAGCAGGGACCGCUGCGCAUCAAGAUCGAGAGGCGCGACAGGUCGGAGGGUGCGGAGCCCGUCAUCAAGGAGUGCCCGCGCGUCGCAGAGGUCAAGGCCGGUGGCGGCAGUGGUGGAGGUUCACGGGAGAAAGACAGGGGGCCGCGUGGAGAGAAGGAGCGAUGCAAGACCGCCGAUAGGGAUGCCUGCGGCGAGGGAGUCCGGGUGAAGCUGAAGAUCAAGGAGCAUGUGAUGAGGCCCGAGUCGGAGCGAGAGGACUGCCCGUCGAGAGGCCACGUCCAGCCAAAGAAGGAAUGUGGCAGCAGCGGUGACUGUAGCAACCCGAAAGUGAAGGAAUCGAUCAGUAGCAGCAGCAGCAGGCAGAAGGUGGAUGGCGAAGCAAGGUCCCAAGGCCUAGCACACGUGGAAGAGAAGGCCAAGCACAAUGAGCGGCGGGUGAUGGUGCCCUCCGGUGGUGGGGAGCUAUCGCAUGGCAAGGAGCACCGGCAGCAGCUCUUUGCGGAAGGCAAGGUGGGCCAGGAGUCCCCCAGCAAGGAGCUCAGGAAAGAUCCCAAUACCCCCAGGCAGCAGCUGAAGGAGACAUCGGCAGCAGCCGCAGUGGCGACGCUCGUCAAAACGGACAACGGGCAUUGCCGUGCGGGAGAGAAGCGGCUUCACCAGAGCCAGUCCGGCCCGACCGAGGGACCACGAGCUGAACCGAAGACGGGCGGCGCGGAGAGCGGGCAGAAGGUUCCACCCUUGAAGGAGCAGGCGCAGCAGGCACAGCAGGGAGCAGGAGAACCCAGGAUUAAGGGCUGUGGGGACAGGGGAGAGGUGCAGAAGAAUGGGUUGAAUGUGUUUAAGCAAAAGUCGUCUGAGAAUGGGGUUAAGAUUGAUGCGAGGCAGCAUCAGCAGCACAAAGGCCCUCAACAGCAGCAACAGCCUGAACAGCAGCAGCAACGACAUCACGCUCAGCAGCAGCAACAGCAGAAGCAACAAUACAAACAUCCUCAACAGCAGCAGCAGCACAAACAUCCCCAACAGCAACAGCUUCAUCAGCAACACAAACAUCUUCAAGAGCAGCAGCAACCCAAACACCCAAGACAGCAACAGCAGCAUCAGCAGCAGCCCCGGCAACAUCCUGCACGUCCGGCCUUGUGGCUCGACAUCAGGACAGAAGAGAAGCCAGCGGACAAGGGCCAUUCGGCAGUGAGCGAUGGCGUCGGCGCAGUCAACAAGCGGCACAUCCAGGAGCUCUGGCGUGGCCAAUCGUGGCUGGAGACACAGGUUAGGGACAAGCAGCAGCCGCAGCAGCGGUUUCACCAGCCGCAGUUUCAGCAGCAGCCACAGAAGCAGCUUUUACACCAGCAGCAGCCAUACCAGCAUCAGCAACCAAACCAGCAGCACACGGCUAACGCUUGCCUACCGGAUGCGGCAACUGCUCGCUCCCGACAGCGCUCUGGCGAGGAGCACCUAGCGAAAUGGAUGCCGGGCGCCGAACCUGGGAACUUGGCAUUUGGCGGUGGCGGUGACAGCCUGCUGGAGCAGCUAAGGGCGGUUUGUCAACAGGUUGGCGGACAGCAGGGGCCGGCUCGCAGGGCGGAGAGGAGGCCCAGCGAGCAGACGGGCGCCGUCUGCAGCGUUAUCAGGGCCACACCUACCUCUCCCAACGUCGAUGCAAUCCAGGGCAUGCUCGCCAUGGUCAACAUGCCCAUGGGCCCCAUUGGGCAGGCGGCGACGCACACGGCGCCGCACGGCCCGUUGUCCCCGCCGCCUCUCGCCCCCGGCCGCCUCCCGAUAUCCCUGCCGUCCACGGGCCGCUCCUCGCACGCCAGUGCACAGUCUGUUCCUGCCGGCUCCCACGUCACCUCGCCGUCCCGGAGGCACGCGGGCCCUGCGGCGCCGCCGUUUCUCAGUGCAUCCUUGCAGCCGGAAAUCCACCGAGCCACGUCGCCGCCCCCGCCGCUUGCCCCGCGCGCCAUCUCUCCGCCGCUGACGCCGGGCGGCCACGCGUCGUCUCGGCCCUCGACGCCGGCGGGACACGUGCGCUCGCCGCCAGGGUCGCCUGGGGAACACGCAUCCUCGCGACCGCCGACCCCCGGCGCCCAGGAGACUUCGCGACCCCCGACCCCCGGUGGGCAGGAAGUAUCGCCGCCGCCGACUCCAGGGCGCCAAGUGGCCUCGUCGCCACCGCCCGUGCCGUCUCUUUCCGUGGGGACGAGCGUGAUAGCGCGACCGCCCCCCAGCUGGGAGAAUGUCGCAGCGCAGCAGCAGCAUCACCAGCAUCAUCAUCAGCAGCAGCAACAACACCAGCAGCAGCAGCAACAACACCAGCAGCAGCAGCAACAACACCAGCAGCAGCAGCAACAACACCACCAGCAGCAGAAGGCGGUCAUCGACAGCCGUACGGCACCCUGGUGCCCUCCCCACGAGCAGCGAGUGGGGCCGUUGCCCCCCGAGUCAGGCGGCUACUCCUACGCCCACGCGCGCUACUCAACGGCGGACUGCCUCACCAGCGCCUUGUACGCACCGUUGCCAGCGGACGGCGGGCUGGCCUCGCGUCCUGGCGACAACCGGCCCCAGGCUCAACGGCAGAACUCGGUGGUGACGGCAGCCAGGACCGUGAUCUUUGAGGCGCCCCCGGUCUCGCGGGCGCCAAAUGGUCACAUUGUCCACGGCGACAGCAGCAGCACCAUCCCACCCUACGCUAACCGCACGCUAGCAGGGUACUACGGCCCGUACGGUGGCAGCGGUGCCGCUAUCGAGAGGCACCCAGCGCCGGAGAGGUGUGCUACAGCGCAGCCUCCACCACUCAGCCCGUGCAGGGCACCGCUCCCGGUGCCAGGAGGGCACCCGCUGGCUAGUUACCACGGCGCUGGCGCCAGACCUAUGCCAUCGUACCACCCACCACCGCCGCGAGCCGGCGCGCCGAGGCAGGCGAUAUCCGGCCGCCCCCCCGGGAGCUUUGACGGCCACGCGCUAGGCCAUGUGGCCCCGCCGCCCUCCACCCUGUACGACAGCCGCGUGGCCGUGCGUCCCCCGGUCUCCGCGGCGCCGGAAGAGAAGGUUCCGAACCCGCCGCUGCUGCUGAGGGGACUGUUUGACGUGGGGGAGAAAACGAGGAUGAAGCACAGCCAGUCGUUGGAAUCUGCCUACAUGUUCUCCUCUUCUGACUCGGAAGAGGACGAGCCGAAGUUGAUGAUCAGUGAGACGCUCUCGCGGGAAGACACGUGGAUGCCGAGAGAUGAGCUGGAACUGGAAGCGCCGCGCCGCGACUGGUCGCUGCAGGCGGGGCUCAGGACGGCCGAGGCAGAGUGCCGCCUCACCCAGGAACUGCCGCUGUCGCCGCCCAUCAAGAGGCUUCGGCUGUGGGACUCCGACCGCGCACCAUCGGAUGGGACGGGUCAAGUUUGCCGGACCGGCGGCGCCGACCGGGAGCGAUCACCAGACUGCGUGGAGGACGACAGCGACUCGUCAUCGGCGGGAGGCGGUGGUGGCGGCGCAGCCGAUGGCAGGACGGCGCUGCUCACUGGACUGGAGAGCCCCACCGACAGGGGGUUGAAACGUCCUAAGAAAGGGAUGGCGACGGCAAAACAGCGCCUGGGGAAAAUCCUCAAACUCCACAAGAACGGCCGCAUGCUGCUGUGAGCGACGGGGGCGCCAAACCUCGCUGCGGACGCUUCUGCACAUUCAGGGCCUUUGCUACGAUCACGUCGCACCGCCGUGACUCACUUUGAGAAAUGUUUUUCUUCGUCAUCGUUUGUGUAUUUUGUCUUGUUUUUCCGUUUUGUACUUAACGAACUCGAAUUAUUAUUAUUUUUAGUUGUGCCGUCAAUUACGGAAUGAGGUGUGCGCGAUGAAUUGAAUCGGUUCUGGUGAAGUGGAUUGAAUUUAUUUAAUGGAGCUGCUUGCAGUUUUCAGUCUCUGGGGUCUAUUUGGUGCUGUGGAAUUGUCUGGAUCGGACGAGAUCACGGGUUUUAAACCGGGUCUCCCGAUCCCUUCUCAACCUAUUGCCUGAAUAAUUGUUGCUCUGGCUUUGGUGCUAAUUGUAGAAGAGAUGAUUUCAAUUGCGGUACUCCUGCCUGGUCACUGUGGGGGGUUAUGGGGGGGGGGAUGACAGCUCCGGCAGGUGAGCUCUCUGCUCCCGCUCGUCUCAAUGUGCACGUUAAAAAUAAAUGCACUGCGUACCCGGUGUGCAAGAGAGGAGGAGGGAACCGAGCUUAGAUACUUGCACAUAAAAGUGCUUUUUGAAGCUGGUGAACAACCACGAGCGGAAAAAGCCCGCUUUUAACGUGAGAGCUGACAAAAAAGUAACAUUCGUCAUUAUUUUACACUAAAAUCCCACCAUGGGAGGGCUGCGAUUUGCACUCGAGCGAUCGUGGGGCGUGGGCGCGCUGCGAGGCGCGUCCACGGCAAAGCAGAACUCGACCUCACACGGAGUGAGGAGGGGGUCCCACGUUUGCCGCGCCGCUCGAACCGGAUCUGGUGUGUCUGCCAGGCUAUGCCGGGGCCGCUACGAUAUCACGGUUGGGAGCAGUCUUGUCUAAAAUCCAGCACGCGUGCACGUUUUUGUUUAUUUUGUUUGUGGCAUCCAGUUUUAUUCCGCGUUUGGAGAAAGGGGGGGAAAUAACAGGCGAUACGACGAGCAAGAUAAACGUAAAAUGCGGAUCGCACGAAUGCACGACAUGUCCGUGUUGGAAACUCAUUCUCGGAACCGGUGAUUUUUUUCCCUCGUUAUCUUCGACGAAGUGCUCAGGUCUUAAAACACUCGUUUUUCACGUUGGACGCUGCUUUGGUUUUUGUUUUGAAAGUCGUCGCCGGAAGUUUCUCAGAGUUGACGUUUGUCUGGGGUAGAACCGCAGUGACGCUUGCGUUGCUUCUCAACCCGGUCACUCUGCCCGCACGCACGUACGUAAAAGGGCGUACCCACGGUGAAAUAUGUUCCUAGUUUUGCUUCCACGUUUCCCCGUUUUAAAGGGCAGGUUUGCCCUUUACAAACUCGGAAGCGAGUUCUGGAGUCUUCUCAAUAUAGCGGGGACUGAUUAUUGAGAACAAUAAACCUAAAAACUAAAUAUUCAAAACUGCUUCCACUUGAAAUGUGUGCCACAGAACCGUAACCGAUCCAUUUUAGGCACCACUGUGUUGCAAAAUGGUAAGUGUGGCUCAAACGCUUUAUUUCCUUAAUUUAAUUUGCAUUCUUAAGUUCUCGUGACAAAACAAGCAUCUCUCCGAUGCGUUUUCCGAUUGUAUCGUGAGAUGUUUGGCAAGGUGUCUUGGCAUUUUGCAUCACGUGCUGAGACUGAAUUCAGUUCCUGAAGCAGCUCCCCAGCACAAUUGCAAACAAACCUUUGCAGACGCAGAGAUGCCAUGAGACUGACCGCAAUGUAAGGAAACAACAAACGCAUCCGACCGUUGGAUCAAAUUUCCACUCCGAGUCGUGACAAGUCAUGGAAUUGACGAGGACAUUAAUUGUUCCGCCCCUACCAAAGCGGCUUUGACACGGAAUGCCUAGGCUGACGUGCGUGCAGAGUUGGGUGAUGUCGAGGAGGUACGCAAAUGCCACAUCGACCCCGAAAUGUUCAGAAUUAUUGGGGUUUUAUUUUUCUUUUGUUGCAGCUGGCUGAACAAGCCAAAAAAAUCACGUCUGAAUCAAUCACCACGGUGGCUCUUUGGUUGUAAAUACACGUUGUAAUUCUAAUCUUAAUGCGGAACAAACUUUUUUUAUAUAUAAACAGUGAUGAUCAUAAUGAUGGCGUAGGGGAAUAAAUAAACUGUGGGAAGUUACGGAGAAGAGCAUGUUUUACAGCACAACAGACCAUUGCUCAGAUUCUAAGCUGUGGAGGUGGAAAGCCGAUUGUUGAAUUUAGGUAAUCCCUGUAGGAAGAAGUCUGGUGGAUUUCGCUCCUCGGUUAUUCAUUCAGGUUUGCCAUGUGUACAUACUUGUUACUAAAUUGCCAGUAGGGUUGCAUUGUAGGGACCCCUGUUUGCCCUGUUAGUGUUAUUUAUCUGUUGGGACAAUUUAUUUGUAAAUACCUAAUCGAGAAAUUUUCAAUUUCUGACCGGAUUUAUUUAUUAAGAUUUUUUUUGUUUGAUAUUUUUUUGUAAUGGCUGUCUUGGCUUUUUUUAUUUUCUCUACGUUGAAUUUGUGUCCAUGUGGUUUUUUGGGUCGUUUUGUCUCGUUACGUAUGAUGCCCGUGUCGGUCUCAUCUCGGUGCUUGUGCGGGCGCACUAUUUAAUAAUAAGACGAUGUAUAAAGCAAACACAACAAUGGAAAAGGAUGAUGGAAUUUUGUAGAAGCGGACGAUUUUAUUAAAUUCACAAAACAGUAUUUUUUUUUCUUAACCCGCGAACGAACACACGAACAAAUAAUUAUUGCGGCGGGUCCUCGGCUCAGGGACAGCGGCGGACCCUCGUGGGGGGCGCGAGGGAGCUCAGGUCUUUUCUCGCUGGGGACUUGGGGAGGGGGGGGGGCCCAGCAAGCCUCUGCGAGCCCCUGCCGCACCACCCAGGGGAGCGAGCGUGUGUUUCAGUUGUUGGGAGCGUUCGGUUUGGGGCUGUUGUGUGCCGCGACUUGGUGCCCAGCCGUUGAACAUUUACCCACACGUCCAACUGCCCAGCCAAUCGGCUACCCACACCCCCAUCCAUUCACUUAUCCCCUCCCACUCUACUUACUCUCAUACAUACCAACUCAGCUAUCCACUUACCUACUCAUUCAAUAACCACUUUCAUCUGCACACUUCCCCACAUCCCUUCGUAGCAACCAUCACAUUCACAUAGCCACUCGAUGUAUUCACACACCUGAGUAGACACUUGUAUUCACACCAGCCCAUGCACUUAUCUGCUUGCUUAUCUGCCCACUCACCAUCCAUUCGUGCACCCAUCCUCUCGCCGAUUGCCCUGCCUAUAUACUCAUCCACUCUCACAUGAAUCCACCUAUCACUCAUCUACAUGUCUACUACACCGACUCGCCUACCCAUGUACACACCAACUCAUCCUCUAAUUUAUUACCCAACUAUUCACUUGCCCAGCCACUCAACCCACUUACAUGCCCAUUUACCCAUUUACACCUCCUGCCACUAACCUACCUACCUGUCUCCCCAUUCGCACGCCUCUCCAACCCACUCACCUGCUUCCAAGCCCAGCAAUGAGGGAAUGUCGCUCGCUCUCAGGACCUCACUCGGCCACUCGUCUAUGCAACGCCAGGCGGGGGCGGGGGCGGUGGCGGCGGUGGCGGAGGCGCAGACCCCCACCCACCCACCCCCUUCCCGCCCCAGAAGGGCAGAGCCCACCGCCCCUUGCCCAACGCUCGACAGCAAAAAAAAACCCACAACAGCAGCGUUCCGUACGACCUAAACAUGUCUUGUCUUAUGCCGUCUGUUAAUUCCUUACAAUUUACAUGGUGCAGGGAGGGAGAAAUGUAUUUGGCGAUGGCAGUGGCCAGUUGCAUAAAACACCUUCAGUGACAUUGUAUAUCACUCGUUUUGCAUUGUUGUAGCACACUGGUUAAAGUAUAUACAAGCCAAAACUCUUGUUCUGUCCACAUAAAUAAAAUGUUCUUGUCCAUCGGCCCAUCGGCUUUGCAGACCAAUACUCUCCGAGCAACAUUUGAAGCAACAAUCUCUGGUCCCGUUUCGACAUGGGUCUCGUCAGCAGUCAGGCUGGCUAAUGUUCACCUUGUUUCUGUUUAAUUGGUGCAAGUUAAGGGUGAAAAAGGGUAUUUUAUGCAACCGCCCACACGCGACACCCAGGCUGUUACGGUUGGCUGAGGCAAAAGAGAUAGUGGUUUUAAGUCGGGAGAGAGUUUCCCUGUGGCCAAAAUGCCACAGGGUAACGCUUAGCCCAUUUGAAACUAUAGCUGGUGAAAAGGUGGUGGUGGGUGUUUGGGGGCUGAUGAGUCACAAUGUAUUACUAAUUACAUGUGACCAUAACAAUGGAGCCUUUAAUGCGAUAGAAAAUAAAUAUUGCCAUUUGCGUGAUCAGAAGUUGUUCCACGUGUAAUGCCCCAUUUUGUGUUUUUUAAUUGGUACACCGGGAGUGCCAGGUUUUUCUGAUGGUAUUUUAUUCUAGUUGCGCAACAUGGUUUGACCGAUCGUUUGCACAUCUGCAACAUAGUCAUAGGGCUCCAUUAACUUAUCGGCGAUAUAUUUAUUCUCCGUUUUUUUGCAACAACAUACUCAUGCAUGGAAAUGGUGUAAAUGUAUUAAGGUGGUGGUUGGGGUAAGAUGUCAAUCUGGCUCCGUGUCUUUUCCUCAAACAAGACCAAGGCUCCGAUCAUUUCAAUUAAAGGCCCUGAGCCAGUGAUCACAAUUUCACAAUCAUGUGCCAGGCUUCGGUCAACAGAACAAAUCGCUGCUGGCCUCCCGCAAGUGGUAUUUAAUUUAGCUCUCAGCCUCUCAUUGCGUUGAAUACUUUCCCCACAGCCCUAUCCACCUCGGGCGUGAAACGGCCUCCCCUCUGGUUUUAUUUGCAAUGUAAUAUGGGGACAAUUGUUUUAUUCGCGCCAUUACAGCAAGGCUCUCACGAAGGUGCUACGUUUCACAGAUGGAUGUAGUCUGCUAGUAGAGGGCAAUGUUGCUACGUGAUUUCAACCAAUUUAAGUAAUUGGCGCAUGUGUAUGGCUCCAGUUUCCAUUCAUGUGGCAAUGAGGCUCCAUCAGCCCCCACCCUAUCCCUCCAACCUGUAUUUCCGACCUCAUUGCACUGUUCGUAUGCGGCCACGGAACGGGGGGACGUUUUGAGGUAACACAAAACCCAAAGGACAAGCAGCUCUUUCAAGGUACCCACUAGGGAUGUUCUCAAAUUUCGGAUUAAUCUGAAAAGUCCAAACAAAUCUGUCUCCGGUACGAAAUUUCGGAUCAUCAGAAAUUUGACGUUACAAAAUGUGACAUCACUAAAGUCCCACCGCAGGAAGUAAUGUCACGAAAGGAACUUUUUGUGGCAUUGGGCAAUGCCACUAUUGUCGGCGCUAAAAGACGUACACGUUUUACAUAAAUGUAAAUAAUACAAAACGCAAAAGCGAUCCGAAUUUUUCCUUAAAUUCAAAACCUUAAAUAUUUUCAUUCGGAACUCAUCCCUAUUACACACCGAGGCUGUGUGUCCCAUACUGUCUGGCACAAGUUUGAAGCUUCCUAAUUAAAUACACAUUUAAAAUCACGAUCUGGACACGCUGUCAGAGCAGUGUGGUGACGUUGCUGCAUUGACGUUGCUUAAAGCGCUCCAAAUAAUGCAAUUGACUAUCAAGUAUUUUUCUGGGUAACGAAGCUUCAAACUUAUGUUAGCCUGGCACACGCAGACUUGGCAAUUUAUUUAAAAGAUGAGCGCUGUUCUUUGGCUUCCUUGAACGAUGGAGUCAUGACGAGAUGCGCGUCGGGGCAGGCGGUGCUAUAAUGAGAAAGUGGUGCUAUGAUGGCGAACGAUGCACUGGUGAUGCCACAUUAGGGGGUGAGCUUUGGCCAUAAGUAUAUUUCAUUGUCCUCGUGCCCAGCUUUAUCUUAAACCCUGGCCAACACUCUUGCCCAAGGCUGCAUGUGUAUGUGACGUGAACGCUACUAACUCUUACCCCAAUACGAGCAUUAGUCAUCUAUUUGUCCUAAUUAGCUUCUUGACUGCUCACUUUAUUUCUAGCAUAAACUAUAUCGCAGCUCAUACCCAAAAAUCCCAACCCUAUCCCCUAAUUGUAUCAUCCUUAUUGAUAACCGCAAGUCAUUACCCUAGAAACUCCAGCACAUCUUAAUCCAUCAACUAUCGCAAACACUAAACCACAUCGCAUGUCCACCGGUGAGUCUAUGCCCUGUGUGAAUGUAGUUUGUGGGUGUAGACCAGAUAGUUUGCUUGUUGGUACCAUCCGAAUUGGCAAAACUUUAGUGCUAUAUUUACUUAAUUACGUGAUAUUUUUAUAUAAAUUAGAAGCUAGACCAUAAUUCAGACUUUUGAAAAGUUGAACUUGACAGUCAAAAAUGCAAUCGCACAUUGCCAGAUAUAUAACAUGGACAUUGUUGAAAGAAACGGAGCAAAAACUUCGAAGUGCGCAAGAUGCCUCGGGAGAUGCACGCUUGGAAUUGGUGAUAAACACGAGUAGCACAUGGAUUAGGGGCACAGAUGUGAAUCCGAGACACGGUGGCCGUUGAGACGAGUGGGCCUGGACAGAGCACGUCGCUAGUAGUGAUGAUGGCCGGUGGUGUGGUCGUGGACUUUUAUCUCCCCAGGUGUGACCAUUUUGAGACGGCCGAGGUCAAUAGCUGGCGACAGGAGAGAAACGGCAGGCCGAACACAUGACAGAUCAUACAUAUGACAGAUCAAUAUGAAGGGAUUAAUAAAGGUAAAUAACGUCUUAAGGCUUAAAGACUGGUGGAAUCCGAUGAGCUAUGAAGUUCUUUUUUCGCAGAAGUCAUGAAAAAAACAAGUGCAAAUUAACUCAUUAGGCAGAAACAUAUUGGAAACCGUUUCAUUCAAACUUUCAUUCAUUAUCGACGAUCGUUUAAUCGAGAUUAGCCAUAUACUGCAUAAGCAGGACCACGUUGGUCCAUGUCAAUAUACAUUAUUGUGGAUCAAUGAGCAUUCUGUAAGCUCGGCAAUGGAUUAAUUUUGUUUCACCCUACGUUGCAAGGGGUUAAACGCACUAAACUUCAUGGCAGAUCUCUUGAUAGCUUUGAAAAAAAAUGGACACAUUUAGGUAUCCCUGUCGGAAGGUAUCUAGAUUUAAAGUCUAGGUCACAAUUAUUGUUACAUUGAUCUAUGUUUAUAUUGCAAGGCCAGAAAGAAUGGAAGACAGGAUUUCAUGUGAUCUGAGCUGUUAUAAACAGAUGUAUAGAUGACACAGCAUCUAUUAUGGGCAAUGAAGGUGGGUGUCAAGUUAGUAGUGAGUUCGUGAAGUAAGACAUUUCCGAACAAGUAACCGACUCGAUAUGUAACUUCUUUGUUAGGAUUUGUACGUGUGCUGAAUGUCAGGUGUGAGUUCAGCCAGAUGGCCCGAGAUAUUUCGCAGGAUUUUCCAUUGUAGAACCGCAAAGCGUUUUUUAAGAUAUUGUGACAAACGUUGGGGAUCUAAUGGAACAUGUGGCUAAGAAAAGAUAAGCGUUUGGUUUUGUGUUAAGCAGAAGUUUUGAGGAGAUAAGGUCCCUUUGGCGUCUGUUAGAAUCCAGUCAAAACUACUGGACAUCUGUUAAAAAAGAGCUUUAUAGCUCAUCGGAUUCCUCCAGUAUAAAUACAUAAUUAAUUUCAUCUCCCAAUGAGACAGGCAUGUGUAACAUCGUUGUCAGCGUAGAAGUGCAGUAUGGAGAACAUCUUGAGCCAGAAUUUGUAUUUAAAUAGAGAACAGGAGCAGGCUCAGUAUUAAUCCUCGAGAAACUCUUGGAGAUUGACUUUUUGAAUAUAAAAUGUUGCUGUCUUCUCGAGGUAGUUUCAAAGCCAGCCAAGGGCCUUUUCAACGACUUAAUAGUCCGUCAUUAUUUAAUUCUUUUGUUACAAAAUGUGAUGAUCAAGUUUAUUUUGUUUAACUAGGUGAGAACUCAAACAGACCAGGAUAGAGACUUGAGUUGCAACGGUGACCUGGUUCACCAAAAUUAUCGGACGAAUGAAUGCUCUUGAAAAGUUGAAGAUAGCCAAUCAUUAUUUUAUCUAUAAAGCAAUAUGAAUCAUUAGAUAAUAUAGUAAUUAUUUGGUUAUGUGGAGAGCGGAUAUGUGAAGGGAACUUAAUCCUAUUGUGUUAUAUUCUUAAUGACGAUCAUGAUUAUUUUUUAUAAUUUAGUGUUCUUCGGGUACUAUGUCCUGGUCUGCAGCCUGACUACUUUGAGUUACAUUUGAGUCCUGUCUCUAAAUGUGAAAUGACUAAAUUGACAAAAUAUCCAAAACUUUUGACAGUUGCUUGGAAUGCAAAAAAGCAUGUAGUCAUUUCAAAUAAUUAGACACUGAGUUGGAUAAAACUGGCAGUGAAAGAGAUUGUGCAGAGGUUUGAAAGAAUCCCAUUGGGUGCCGUUCAGGAGAGGAUUAGCCACCACGGAGAUGGAGCGAUGACUUCGGUUCAUGAGUGACAUUUAAUCGUGGCACAAAGCUCAUACGUGCCGUAAUGCAACGGUCAGCGUGUAGGGAGGGCUUCUCCCAGCAGUGGAUAGACUGGCUCUUCAUGACGACAGUUUUUCAACUUCAGAUGGUACCAAUAUCAGCUCUGGCUACUGGACUUCAUUUGGCGAUAUUUGUGAUGCAUUUGUCCCCUGUUUUAUCAUUGUCUUGGGAUGAUUACUCCAUCCUAUCACGGCGCCUGGACCUGUACCUCUUUCCCCAUAGCUCAUGCACAGCUCCAUUGACGUGUGACGAGUGCGAUGGACACUGUGUGUGCGUUUUGUACUAUUAAUUCCUGGAUUUAUUUUAAUUGAUCACGUGGGCUCUAAUGGACCCCGCCACCUAUCCAGAAUUAGUUCUGGAAAUAGUGUCUUCAAAAUGCAGUGUCCAGGUAUUACACCAUCUGUAGCAAUGUUGAUUAUGCAGAUGAUAAUUAUUGUUUAAAUUAAAUUGAUUGCACGGUCGGGUGAGUGUGUGGCAAGUUAAUCAAUUGCGAUGUUUGUUUAAUUGUAAUAGAUAACGAUCCAACAAAACGAAUCUCAAUGCAAUGCAAAAGGUUUUUGGUUUUACAAACUGCAUUUAUGCUUAAGCCUCUGCCGCAACUUUUGCAAUGUUUUUUUAUCGAGUCGCUGAAUUUGUUUUGUGAACCUUAUCAUUUACAAAGAGAAUCGAUCACUGCAGUCUUUUGUAACGGAACAGCUGCCGCCUGUAAUCGACAUAGGCGUGGGCGAUUCCACGUGCUAGCGGGGGACGUGGGAUUCGUCCGCACGGCGGAUAUCGCCCCCAGCGUCUCACGGUAUAGAGAGGGCUCAUCAAUGCAAACAUUCAUAUCCACUUUUGUACGACAUUGACGCAACAGUGUUUCACACAAAAGCCAUAAGCGCACUCCUUUCCCUCGCGUGCGCGAUGGAAGGGCGCCGUAAGGAGGUCUGAAACGGCACACUUUCUCAGUUUUGCCAAGACUCCGUUGGGCUACGUUCACUUUCUUUAAGAUCCGUUGAAGCGACCCCCCCCCCCCCGUUAACCUGUCUAGAGUUAUAUUGAAGUCAUUGCCAUCGCUGAUCUCAGUGUUGGGAACAACCAUUCACUUGCAUAGAUCUCUAAAGGCCACCUCCGUUCAAUAUAGUGAUGGCCUUUAACUUUCAUUGAGGUGGGGUACGAAGGCGAUGUCCGUUCACUGUCCUCAACAUUGGUUACUCAGCCACUCGCUGGAAUAGAUAUUUAAAAUUACAUUAAUUCACUCUUUUUAGAUAUUACAAAGGUGACCUCAACCAACUCUGUAAAUAGAACUCAGUAUUUUUGCAAUAUUUCCAACCGUUAACUUAUGGAUAUAAUUACAAUAUGGUUAUAUUUAGGGUCUAAAUGCAAAAAAUAUUGAUGCUUUACAGCAACUAUUGAAACUAUUAUACUUCAACAUUGUAAAAUCGCGGGAGAUGGGUUUCUCCCUGCUACACCAACGGCAAAUUCACGGCAUAGUAACAACAAUACUAAAUAACAAUCGGAAUAGUACAACAAUACUAAACGAUCGUGAACACGCGGACACGCAAGUCGAACACGAUCGCAGAGGUCGCUUAAACGGGUCUCUUAAAUUAUCGUCGGCGAGUCGCCCACAAUGCUCGGCUCGCUUGCGAGCGAUGCUGUAAGCCACUCGACAGCGUAUUCAAGCGGACUCCGGGGAGAGCGCUCUUCCAGUCGAGGAGGCUACGUGGAGCCGCCGUGCGUACGAACGUCGUCGGUGUCGCGAUUACGUUGAGGCCCUACGUCGUCGUCUCUUUUCGGUUUUAACGUUUUUCCUUCGACCCCCCAAUCCAAACAGGGCCGUCCUAUAAAACGGCCGCGCGAAGGUGCUAACCGGCUGCGGUGGUUUUGUUUCGUUUUCGUGACUGCGCGUCGUCCUGGCAGGAGGAGGAGGAGGGGAUGACAUGAGAAGAUGAUGUAUUGGGGUCGAGCGUGGUCGGUUGUAUAUUUUUUUGGCCCACCGUCUCGGCGUUCACCGAGGCUCUCCCGGUUGGCUGCGUGACGCCGCCGAGACGGCGUGCAGACACCCUGCACCCCCCUCUCCCACUGCGUCCUUGUCCGUCCAUCCGUCGUGUUUAGGGGGUUUCGUUGAUUGAACGUCUUCUGUGACCUGAUGGGUGAUGGGGGGGGGGGGUUAUUAUUAUUAUUGUUGGUAUUGUUAUUUUUCCAUGUUUGUGGGGGUCUUGAUUUAGAGUGUAAACUAGAAGGACUUGAAGUUUCUUAACGAUAAUUUUAAGAAUGUUGUGUGUUGUACAGCUUUCUGUCGAUGGAGUGUUUUUGACAGUUGGAUAGUGGCAGCUUUAAGAAUUUCUUUUGUGGAAAAUUUGAAUUUUAAAUAAAUUGGUGGGUGAAUGAG